AUGCUACCCGCCUGGCCUUCGCUGCCAGUCCUUGUCCCGCACAAGGUCCGCAGGAAGUGGCGCGCAACAAAGUCGAGGAUCCACAGCAGGCAAUCGCCCGCCUCGUCGGUGACAUCGCUCAAUACCUCCUUCUCCGUCACCGACACGCUGCGUUCGCUGCGCAAGCACAAGUGGUCCUACUAUGACGGACAGUACAUUUUCCUGGCCAUCGUUGGCAUUUUUGCCCUCUCCGUCAUCGAGGAGCCCGGGCCAAUGCUCAAGACGUUUGUGGCGACGCUCCUGAUGGGGUCUAUGCUCCUGCCGGCCACGAGGCAGUUCUUUUUGCCUUUUCUCCCCGCCAUCACCUGGUUGGUUCUGUUCUACUCGUGCAAGUUCAUCUCUGGCGAGUACCGCCCCCCGAUCUGGGUCCGCGUCCUUCCCGCUUUGGAGAACAUCAUGUACGGUGCAAACCUCAGCAACAUCCUCUCGGCGCACAAGCACGUGGUCCUGGAUGUGUUGGCUUGGAUCCCCUACGGAAUCACCCACUUUGGGUCUCCGUUCCUCGCCUCUGCGCUCCUCUUCAUCUUUGGUCCGCCGGGCUCUCUCCCCGUCUACGCUCGGUCUUUCGGGUACAUGAACACGAUUGGCGUCAUGAUUCAGCUCAUCUUCCCGUGCUCUCCACCCUGGUAUGAGAACAUCUACGGCCUUGCACCGGCCAAUUACGGCAUGUCGGGUUCUCCGGCUGGUCUGGCGGCCAUUGACAAGCUCCUUGGCCUUGACCUCUACACUUCGACUUUCACCGCUUCGCCGAUGGUUUUCGGAGCUUUCCCGUCUCUGCACUCAGGCUGGGCGACCAUGCACGCGCUCUUCCUGAGCUACGUCUUCCCGCGUCUCUGGCCGCUGUUCACUUUCUACACGCUGUGGCUGUGGUGGUCUACCAUGUACCUCUCGCACCACUAUGCGGUCGACCUUGUUGCGGGCAGUCUGCUGGCGGGUACUAUUUUCUUCAUUGCCAAGGGCAAGUUCCUGCCCCGUCUGCAGACCGACAAGAUGACGCGCUGGGACUAUGACUUCAUCGAGAUCGGCGAUCCCCAAGACGGAAAUGGAUACGCCUUGACCGAGUUCUACGAGGAGUUCCACCCCACUUCUGACAGCGAUGAAUGGACUAUUGGCUCUUCCUCGUCCUUCUCGUCCGGUGCCAGGAGCCCCUCGAACGGACCUCGUAGCCCAGUGGACUCUGAAGGAAACCUUUGGGAGGGAGACACUCUUGCUUCAGCCUCAGACCACGAACGCGAUCAUCGGUAA